AUGGACCUUGCGUUCAUCCACAUCCCUCUUCCUGAAUACCGCAAUCCCGACCAGCUCAAAUGGGUGGGCAACUGGACUGAACCGCCUACCGCGCCGGCAUACAACUCGAACUUCAAAGACGCUCUUGUCGAAGAAGGUGUUGUCGCCGUCUCGUGCGGUCAUGACCACGUCAAUGACUACUGCCUGCCCGCACUGGAUAAAGACAAAAAGAAGCCGGCGUUGUGGAUGUGCUAUGGCGGUGGAGCGGGCUUUGGCGGCUACGGUGGUUACUACGGAUACCAUCGCCGCAUCCGAUUCUUCGACUUUGAUAUGAACGAAGGGAGGAUUCAUACGUGGAAACGGCUCGAAUGGGGCGAUACCGAGAGAAGAAUUGACGAACAGAUCAUCGUGGAUGGAGGAAAGGUCGUUGUUGACAUGUAG